AUGACUGCCAUGAGCGUCCCAGCCAUGGUCCAGCUGCAGGAGCACACUCCCCAGCAAGCUGGUCUCUCGUCUCAGUCUGUCCCUUUUCUCUUUAUUCUUGGCAGAGACUUGGGAACCGUGGGUGCCGUUGCCUUGGACUGCAAAGGAAACGUAGCCUACGCGACCUCGACGGGCGGCGUCGUUAAUAAAAUGGUCGGCCGGGUUGGGGACACCCCGUGCAUAGGAUCUGGAGGUUAUGCCGACAACGACAUUGGCGCCAUUUCCACCACGGGGCACGGGGAGAGCAUCCUGAAGGUGAAUCUGGCCAGACUGACUCUCUUCCACGUAGAACAAGGAAGGACAUUGGAAGAGGCAGCCGACAUGGCGUUGGGUUAUAUGAAGUCAAAGCUGAAGGGUUUAGGCGGCGUCAUCUUGGUCAGCAAAGCAGGAGACUGGGCGGUGAAGUGGACCUCCACCUCCAUGCCCUGGGCGGCCGCCAAGGAUGGCAAGCUGCACUCUGGAAUCGAUCUCGACGAGACCAGUGUCGCUGACCUGCCCUAGGGCCCUGAAGAUUGUAUUCUAGAUGCUAGCUUGGAGGGAAAGUCCAGUUUCCUGGUGUGGAGACUUGGCUUAAUCAAUUAGAUCUAGAAAUGGAAAAUUCUGCGGUCUGUCACUCGUUUUGUCGCCUUGAUCAAUGAGUAUCUGAGUGUUUGGUUGAGGGGCGGAUCUGGACGUGCUGAGAGAAACGCCCCUUUUAAGGUCAAAAUAAGACCAGCGCAGAUGACUAAGUCCUGAGUCUUUCUUAUGAAUCAUCCCCAGUGUCUUAGAUUAGAGAGAAGAAACAACAUGAUCUGAACAGGACAGCAGCCACUUCAAUGCAGGGAGUGCCAUCUGGGAUCAGGAGACCCACAGUGGGGACAGAAGCAGCAGGCUCGCCAGGUGGAAGGGGACCAACACCUCCCAGGGCUCUCUUGGUUGCAGAGUUCAUGUUAAGUCAGAAGAAUGUUGGGGGAAAGAACCCAUGAGAGGAGAAGCUGAUUUUUCGAAGAAGGUUCAGAUCUCCUCUGACUUACUAAUGUAGACGUGUUUCCAGAUACUUUAAAAGUCAUCCCUGGAAACCCCUAGCCCCCAGUCUCCAGGUGAAGGGUCUAAUGGGGACUCUGCGGAGCUCCUGCGGGUCUGAGGGUUCUCUCGGGCUCCCACGUGAGUCCGCUGGCCUAGCAUUUUCCCAUCAGCCUCUGCGUGCUGCAGGCCCUCCUGGUGCUUGUGCAGAGCAAGGGGGCUCAUGACACCCCCGCCGCCACUGCCGUAAGCAGCACACCAAUCCCAUGGGGUCAUCUACUGUGGUCUCCAUUGGGGGCUGCGGGCCCCCAUGACUGCAGGGGCCGUGUGCACAACACAGUCAGCGUGUGAGGAAAGUAAUUUCCUUGGUGGAAACUCUUCCUAGUAAUCUCUGUCUACACUGGAAAUGGUAUUUCUGCUGUGACAAUUUUUUAGUCUCUCAGGUCUUACCUUCUUUCUGGAAAGAAAUUGCUUAACUUUAAAUUCCAUGUGCCACUAAUAAAAUAUAUUUUGAAAGAA